UCAUUUUAUUCUUCAACUCGGCAGGCUGUAAACGUAGUUUAUUCAUUCUAAAAACUUUUUGCUACUAGAACACUAUAAAUUUUCUUCUGCUGAAAAUUUAUACUAUAAAAUGCAGAGGACUUUGAUUUCCAAAUUCUGUCCACUACUGUGCGACAUUAGUCGAUGCGGCAGUAUAGCUUCUCCAAUGCUGGUUGCGUCCCGUUCGUUUCAGGCGUCUCCACAUCUAAAGCAACAGAUGGCACCUGGAAAAUUAACUCCUAAGAUGGCCAAGUUGCAAAAGAAAUUCCAGACGGACAAUGGCACCCCAGUGUUCUUAAAAGGAGGUGUUGCGGAUGGCGUCCUCUACAGAUUUACACUUUUUCUUUGUGUGCUGGGUACCAUUGGCGAUGUAUGGCUUUGGCUUGGCUAUAUAAUCGCCUAGAGAAUUCAUUAUGGUUGAAUGACAUUUAAUACAAGUUUACGAAGUUAAACGUGUUUUUUUGUUUUAACAUAUCAUUUAUGCAGCAUUUCAUUCAUCAUACACACAAUAAAUACGACAUUAGCAUGA